AUGAAUAAUAUCAUUUUGACUGGUUUAUUGUUCUCCAUUUUAUGCAAUGUCGUAAUGAUGCAAACUGUUGUCGAACUAGUUCCAUUAAUAGAACAUAAAAAAGAUGAAACUGCACUUGAAUUUGGUGGAAUAAUUUUCUCUCUGCUUAAGAAUUCAACGCUAAAAAUACAAUAUGGAAAAUGUUUAACAAUGAUGGAUCUUUCACCAGUAACUCCUACAGAAAAUGCAACACGUACUGGUACUCGCUCUAUAUACGAGUAA